GUAAAUGUUGAACAUUAAUGGAAAGAGCAGCAAUAGUUUCAGAGAGUAGCAUUUUAACUAGGUUUUUAUGAGUAAAUAGGUACUAACGGCACUACAAGCUACAUAAGCCCCUGGUAUACACAGAACAAAGUCUGUUGACAGAGCGAAAUAGUCCCUCUCCUCUACACAGUGUGAAGAUAAACAAGCCGUUGGACACUUCUAUUAAGUGAGUAAUUUCAUGUCUAUGCUAAUCAUUGUCACACAUUUAAUAACUACAGCUCAUUGUACGUUUGUCUUGUAAAAUAUUGUGAAUGAAGUCAAUGUAGCUUAAGGUGUGAGAUCUACCAAGAACUGAUCAUUUUCAUUUAAAGGACCACCCUAGGCACCCAGACCACUUCAGCUUAAUGAAGUGGUCUGGGUGCCAGGUCCUUCUAGGGUUAACCCAUUUUUUCAUAAAUAUAGCAGUUUCAGAGAAACUGCUAUGUUUGUGAAUGGGUUAAGCCUUCCCCUAUUUCCUCUAGUGGCGGUCUCAUUGACAGCCGCUAGAGGCGCUUGCGUGCUUCUCACUGUGAUUUUCACAGUGAGAGCACGCCAGCGUCCAUAGGAAAGCAUUGUGAAUGCUUUCCUAUGUGACCAGCUGAAUGCGCGCGCAGCUCUUGCUGCGCGUGCACAUUCAGCCGACGGGGAGGAGAAGAGGAGGAUCGGAGGAGGAGAGCUCCCCGCCCAGCGCUGGAAAAAGGUAAGUUUUAACACCUUUCCAGAGCCGGGCGGGAGGGGGACCCUGAGGGUGGGGGCACCCUCAGGGCACUAUAGUGCCAGGAAAACGAGUAUGUUUUCCUGGCACUAUAGUGGUCCUUUAAGAUUAAUGCAAUGGAUCUAUAGAAUCUAUAUAGAAGUUAUUGUUGAAGAGAAAACCCUGCAUUAUUUCCUGCAUGUCCCUCAAGUGGUGUAAAUAUUAAAGAGUGUAAUAUAUUUUCUAUUGAGCUACAUGCCCUAAUUGAUCUCAAAUGAACAUUUGCAAUACAACUAAUCCCCCUGGAAAUGUAUCUGGAAAAUUACAUUGAUACGCAGGGAAAGAAUGAGAUUCAUGUGCCCUUUUUGUUGCAAAUUGAAAACCGACUGAUGUACUUUUUUUUUUUUUUUUUUAAAUCUAUUUUUUUACUUCCUUCAAAAUGAAAGCAUUUAUUCCAGCAGAGGGAGCUCUAAGACCAUAAAACACAUCUAAAGCUCCAGGGAAUGCGGAAAGUGUUUGAAUGUUAAUGUCACUGUUCUACAUGGAAUAUUCUGCGGUCUACAAUUAGUCUCACUAGUGCCUCAUUCCAGGGCCCUAUUUAACCUUGCCCUGCAGAGAGUCCCAGGAGGAAGCAUUUCCCAUGUAAGUGGAUUAAUCUCAUAAGAUUGGUAGGAUAGGACCAACAAAAAAGGGGUUUAUUGGCCUUGUGGCAGGCUUAUGCAAUGUGUGAUCAUAUAUUGUAAGCCCCAAUAUUUGUAUAUUGAUUAGGUGUUUUUAAAGAAGACUAUCACAUUCUGUGAGCUUUAACAUUGCUGUUUAGUGAAUGAGUGAUUGCUAUGUUGUGUAUGUAGGCAAUUUACAAAGACAAGUUAUUUUCUUUGUCUUUCAAACUUAUGGUGGGCAGUAUAAAUAACUGAUCCUGCAUUAGGAUAUUUCUGGGCAGAGACCUCUUGAAGCCUAGGGACCAGCCUGGAGACUAUUAGUGUUUAUUUUUAUAGAAAAAAUCUGCUUCUCAAAGCCAGGGCUGGACUGGCUCAACGGGAUGCUGGGAAAUUUCCCGGUGGGCUACAACACCUGGGGCCAAGCAGACAGCCCUAAUUAUUAGAUUAAAGCCCUGUAAAUGAUUUUCCCCUCGCACUGUGACAUCCUGUGUCAGUCAAAGGGGUUUGAGAAGGGAGAUGGUGGUGUGGCUGAAGUUAGCCUUCUGGCUGCCAGAGGGAGCACUGUCAGUCUCCCUUCACAAUUCCCAGCAAGUAGUUGCCGUAUGCUUCACCCCCGCACUCAAGCUCUACCCCCGCAUGCAAGCCCUGCCUCCGCCCCCAAACUCAAACUGCUCACAUUGCUAGCAGGAAGAGGCCAGUCAAUGGAAACUUCACAUCCCUGUGCCCCCACAGCAUUCAGUGCCAGGUAGGCUUCAGCCUAUGACGGUGAUUUUGUGUAUGUGUGUGUCUGCUAGUAAGUGAGCUUGCAUGCAUGUGUGUCAGUGAGCUUGUCUGUAGUGAGCAUUUGUGUGUGUGUCAGAGCUUAACUGUAGUGAGCAUGUGUGUGUUUGUCAGUGAGCUUGACUGUAGUGAGCAUGUGUGUCUCGGUGAUCUUGUUUGUAGUGAGCUUGUGUGUGUCAUUGAGCUUGCCUGUAGUGAAUUUGUGUGUCAUUGAGCUUGUCUGUAGUGAAUUUGUGUAUGUCAUUGAGCUUGAAGGGUGAAUUUGUAUGUUUUAGUGAACUUGUAUAUAAUGAGCAUGUGUGUCAGUGAACUUGUCUUUAGUGAGCAUGUGUGUGUCAGUGAGUUUUUCUGUAGGGAGCAUGUGUGUUUCAGUGAGCUUAUCUGUAGUGAGAUUGUGUGUGUAUGGAUGCUUGACUGUAGUGAGCAUGUUUGUAGUGAGCCUGUGUGUGUGAUUGACCUUGUCUAGUGAAUUUGUGUGUGUCAUUGAGCUUGACUAGUGAAUUUGUAUGUUUUAGUGAACUUGUAUGUAAUGAGCAUGUGUGUGUCAGUGAACUUGUCUGUAGUGAAUAUGUGUGUGACAAUGGGCUUGUCUGUAGGGAGCAUGUGUGUGUCAAUGAGUUUGUCUGUAGUGAGCACGUAUGUGUCAGUGAGCUUGUCUGUGGUGAGCAGGUGUGUGUCAGUGAGCUUUUCUGAAGGGUGCAUGUGUGUGUCAGUGAGCUUGUCAGUGAGCUUUUCAGUAGGGAGCAAGUGUGUGUCAGUGACCUUUUCUGUAGGGAGUAUGUGUGUGUCAGUGAACCUUUCUUUAAAUGAGCCUGUGUGUGUAAGUGAGCUUAACUGUAAGUGAGCUUGUCUGUGUCAGUGAGCUUGUCUGUACUAAGCGUGUGUGUGAGUCAGUGACCUUAUCUGUAAUAAGCAUGUGGGUGUUUCAGUGAGCUUGUCUGUAAUGAGCAUGUGUGUCAGUGAACUUGUCUGUAGUGAGCAUGUGUGUGUGUGUAUGUGUGUCAGUCAGAGUUUGUCUAUACUAAGGUUGUGUGUGUGUAUCAGUAAGCUUGUCUGUGUGUGUCAGUGAUAGUGUCUGUCAAUGAGCAUAUUCAAUGAGCAAAUCAGUGAACUUGUGUCAGUGAGACUGUAUGUAUCUGCAUGUGAGUAUGCUACAGUAUAAUUAUUUUUUUUACCCUGAAAGUUCCAUUAUUUUGAAUUAGAAAAAGAAAGAUACUUAUAAUAUGUAAGGCUAUGUCUUGCCACCCCAGAUGAUUGAGUAAUUUAUAAACACAUAAAAAAAUUGAAAAAUCUAUGCCAGCCCCAUAAGUCAUUGUGCCAUGUAGUGUGUGUGUGCGUGUCUAAUAUAUAUAUAUAUAUAUAUAUAUAUAUAUAUAUAUAUAUAUAAAUACAAUACACAAGAUCCAGCGCACUCACCUAUCCUCUAAACAGCAACUUCAAUGUUGAAAGAUUUUUUUUUUAAAAACACCUAAUCUAGGCAAAAAUAAUGGGGGUUUAGUUACAUUAUAUGAUCAUACAUUGCAUAAGCCUGCCACAACGUCAAUGUACCCCAUCUUUGGCAGGUCCUACACUAACAGCCUAAUGUCUACUCUUAUGAGAUUAACCUACUUGGGGAAAAAAAUUCCAUCUGGGGCUCUCUGCAGUACAAGGCUAAAUAGGGCCCUGGGAUGAGGCACCUGUGACAGGGAGGGGUGCAAAACCAAGGAGUUGGCUAGACUCCCAAAUAUAUAUAUAUAUAUAUAUAUAUAUAUAUAUAUAAUACAAGAGGGGGUUGGCUGCACUCACCUUAACAUGUAUAAAUGGGGGUGCUGCUGGGGGCCAAAUAACACAAUACACAAGAUCCAGCGCACUCACCUAACCACUAAACAGCAACUUCAAUGUUGAAAGAUUUUAGUUGUUUUUUUAAAAACACCUAAUCUAGGCAAAAAUAAUGGGGGUUUAGUUACAUUAUACGAUCAUAUAAUGUAACUAAACCCCCAUUAUUUUUGCCUAGAUUAGGUGUUUAAAAAAAAAAAAAUCUUUCAACAUUGAAGUUGCUGUUUAGUGGAUAGGUGAGUGCGCUGGAUCUUGUGUAUUGUAUUAUUUGGCCCCCAGCCAAAGGUGAGUGUUAAGGUGAGUGCAGCCAACCCCCUCUUGUUUUAUUUAUAUAUAUAUAUAUAUAUAUAUAUAUAUAUAUAUAUAUAUAUAUAUAUUUUUUUUUUUUUUAUAUAUAUUAUACACACACACAAUACAUGGCACAAUGACUUAUGAGACUAGCAUAGAUUUUGUUUCCAGGGCUGCUUUGUAUAUCCAGUCCGGCCCUGCUCAAAGCAGUCACCUAUUAUAAAAAAAGACAGAGUUAUUGCUCUGCUAGUCAGAUAGUGUGACAGGAUUGCAUUGAAUACCUGGCGGUGCAGGCUAUGCUGUCAUUGAGAUCCUGGAGAGAAUUAGCAGCACGCUGUUCAUGGGUUUAGAAGAAGUAACAUAACAUAACGUUGGUAUGAUAACUAAUGGCAUUCCCCACCUCUCUAUUAGUGUAGUAAUCAAGCUUGUCUUUUGGCUCAAGCACCUGGUGUUUCUGAAAUCAAGCAACAGCCUGAAACCAACCCAUGUUCAGAUUCUUGUUCCUUGUAAUCACGUGUUAUAGAAGAUUUUAUGUGUCUUACUCGCCCAGUAGAAUACAUAGUGCUUGUUGGUACAGAAUGUGUGAAGACAAACAUAUAGUCCUGAGUGACAUUCCCAUUGCACACAGUGCGUGUGCAACUAAUUCUGUGCUAAAGGCAGCAAGACUACUUUGUCGUCACCUCCUGUAAUGCUUUUUCUUAGGUCUAGGAAUAUUCUAGGGGGCAUGACGGGGCACCAAUGACUGCUAAAGUAUAAAGUCUAAUUUGAAACAGAGUUAUCCUUAGUAUUGUCUUUAUAUAUUACAAUCCCCAAUAAGGUUGCACUGAUUAAAUAAAUAUAGGCGAUUUGUGCAUAAUACAGAAAGGGGGAUGGGUUCUUGGCUGCAGAGCUUGCAAUCAAAGAACAUAUGUUAAUAGGAAGUGUGUUGGAGAGAGAAUUCCCAAGCAGGGCAUGAUGAGUACUAGAGGUGUAUAACACACUGCUUUACAGUUAUAUUGGACACACACGCACUGACAGUUAAAAGGUUAAACUCUGUCUUGAAAAGCUGACAGUCACUAGCAUAGCCAGUGAUACCUAAAGGCUGCUUAUUGGCAGGAAUUCAAUGAGGAUAACUUGCCUGGGCUGUCUGGGCAUAGCAGUUACAUAAUCUUUAGAGUCUAGAAUUAUGUGAGCAUUCUGAAUGAUGGUAACACACACUGGGACUGGCUGUUGGCAUACACGUAGACAUUUCUUCACAUGUGAUCUGAUGACUCUGACUUUAAAUACAUAGCCAAUCAUACAUUGCUUCUUUCUGCUUAGAAGGACUGAUGUAAAUGGUUGCUUUGUAUUGCCAUUAAUUAUAGUAGUAGAUGCCCAAGUAUUGAGAAUUAUGCAAGGCAGUGUGACCAUAGUGCCCCCCAACAUAAGAAGAUGUCUUCCAGCUAAAAUGCAGUCUCUCUGUCCUCUGCAAUCUAUCAAACAUUAUGCAGCAUCAGAUAUUCACCAGAGAUCAGGAGUCUCUGAUUUUGUAAGGUCUAAACUGGGACAGUCCCUGCCAAACCAGGCCAUGUGGCAAUCAUUGGUGGGAGAGUAUUCAGGGAAAACUGAAAUCCAGGAGUCAAGUCCAAAACAGAGAUUGCAACAUUGCUGAAAAGUUAACAUAUUAAGUAGCAACAUUAACUUGGUCCCAACAUAGCCGAGACUGCUUUUGGAUCGAAUAAAAGUCACUUUGAGUGAUGCAAUUAUUGCAGUUUUUAUAAACUGCUAGGGUUAACGCCUCCUCUAGUGGCUGUCUACCAGACAGCCACCAGAGGGACUUCCGGGUGGAUAGGCGACAGCGUCACCGGAAUCCCCAUAAGAAAGCAUUGAAGCUGAUGAACAUUAUGAAAAUGAACUAACGAAACUUCAAUAAUUUGCCUUCCUGCUUUCAAUUCUUCAAAUUAAUAAUUUAACAAUAAUUUUAAUAAUGAAGGUCAUUUCAACAACGACUGUGCUUCUGGUUGAAAAAUAAUUGUUGCUUAUAAUUAACUUAUGAGUGGUUAUAUGCUAGAUAUGCAACCAAAACAUGUGCAAAGAUGACUACAAUAAAACGUUAUUGGGGUGCAAUCAAAAGACAAGACGGGAGGAUAUGAUAGAAACAUUUAAAUUCAUAAAGGGAAUCAACACAGUAAAGGAGGAGACUAUAUUUAAAAGAAGAAAAACUACCACAACAAGAGGACAUAGUCUUAAAUAAGAGGGGCAAAUGUUUAAAAAUAAUAUCAGGAAGUAUUACUUUACUGAGAGGGUAGUGGAAGCAUGGAAUAGCCUUCCAGCUGAAGUGGUAGAGGUUAACACAGUAAAGGAGUUUAAGCAAGCUUGGGACAGGCAUAAGGCUAUCCUAGAUAUAAGGUAAGGCGAGGAACUAAUGAAGGUAUUUAGAAAAUUGGACAGACUAGAUGGGCCGAAUGGUUCUUAUCUGCCGUCACAUUCUAUGUUUCAAUCGGUUAUCUUUUACGUAGCUGGAUAAUACAAGCAUCUAGUGUCAGCAAAAUUAUAAUGAUACUGCCUUUAUUAAUACUAUAAAGGUCAGCACAAAUCAAACUGCAUAUAUUGAUAGGCAUUAAAGAAGCACUCAAAACACUUUAACUAAUGCAGCUUGUUGUAUAUGUCUUUAGGUGCUGUCCCCCAAAUUUCUCUCAAACCAUUUUGGGUUUAGUUACUUACCAGAAUCCAGCGCUGAUGUCCCUCUGUGCUUGGUCAUGGUCUGCCCACGCUCCUUCCCCGCCGUCGUCAGCCAGCAAGGGAGACCUAACGCGCAUGUGCACCAAUGGCCGCGCACGCAUUUUACCUUCCCAUAGGAAAGCAUUAUUCAAUGCUUUCAUAUGGGGAAAAUCUGACGCUGGAGGUCCUCAUGCAGAGAGUGAGGAUGUACAGUUUCAGAUAAGGGACCAAAGGUCCGUUUCGAUUCCGAAAGUGCUCCCAGUCGCUAUCUGGUAGACAGCCACAGAGGGCAGACUUAGAGCUGCAAUGUAAACAUUGCAGUUCUCUGGAACUACAAUAUUUUACAUUGCAGCACUAAGUGCUAUAUGGACACAGCAACCAGACCACUUCGAUGAGCUGAAGAGGUCUGGGUGCCUACAGUGUCCCAUUAAGUCCUCGAUUUUCACAAAGACUUGACAAGUGUAUGCAAAAAGGACCAUUCUUUACCCAGGAGAUAUAGCUGAGCACAAAUUUGUGAUUUUUAAAAAUUUUUUAUUACAGUAGCUUAUAUAAAGUUUGCACAAUAAACUGUUAAUUUGCAAUGUUAUUCUGGGAUAUACUUGGAGGAAGCUGCACAUAAUAAGAUAAGUUCAUACUAAAAUAGUUUUUUUCCCACUUGUCACUUGAACGGUGAGGGUGUGGUGUAUGUUUGUAUUAAAUUGCAAUGUGCAUGUAAAAAAAAUGCAAAACGCAAAAAUACAAUACUACCAUUAACUUUGAAAGAAAUUGUUGCAUUGGCACCAAUGUAUGUACAAUAAGGCUCAAAAUAUACCAUAUGACAUAGCCCGUGGUGUCUACUUCUCCAAAUGUUAUGUAUUAAAGGUAUAAUUUGAACAGUCAAACCACUACAGUGCUCUAAAGUGAGACACGUGCUAAUCAAAUCCAGCUAUCAAAAUUCUAACUGUAAAAACUGACUUGUAGCUAGGUCUCUUAUAUGGCACUGUAACUUCACAAGAUAGGGGCAAAGGCACACUUUAGGAGUAUUGUUUUACUCAAAAGAGUUUGCUGAGCAUUUGUGGGUUUUGAUCAUAAUAGCACACAUCAGAUAUACAAAACACCCAAUAAAAAUGCAAUGUACUUAUACAAUGCAAAACAUUUUUUUUUUUUUUUUACAAAUUGUUACCACAAAGUUUGACAUAUACAUUUGAAAAAAUGGCGGAACGUUAAGGCACAACAUAUACCAUAUGAGAUACCCUGGAGUGUCUACUUUCACAAAUGAUAGGCCUUUGUGGGGUAAUUCUAACAGAUUAACUGCUAUAAUGCACAAAAAUGAGACCUAUUCAAUGUAGGAGUCUGCAUUUAAUAAAAUAUUCCAAGUAGAAAAUAAUAGUAGUAAGGUUGCUCCAAACACUGGAGGUGACACCAACUCCAAGUAUGAAAGAAAGAAUGAGGUCCAGGCGCUCCCAGAUAAUGACCACAGCCACACUCCGAAAACCAGGUCACAAGACCGAGAGCGAGGAAUGAUGACAUCACGUAAUGCUAAAUCUUUAUCAUGAUGUCCACCUGUUUGAUAUCAUCUUGAGGUAAUUUGAAAUGUUGCCAAUCAAUACAACGGUAUUUAAAUGCUGUUUUUGUCCACAUGGCUAUGGCUUAAUAGAGUUCACAUAUAGUGACCGAAAUGUUGCCUAAGUGGCUGUCAAGAUUUGGAUUGCUGAGUGCCUGCAGGGCUGCCAUCAGGGGGUGACAACCAUGACGGUUGUCACAGGCCCGGCAGCCCUGAGGGGUAAAACUGCUGCCGGUGCACCUGCACCAGGCCCCGCAUGCUAAUAGGGACCAUCGGGUGGCCCAUGCACUUUGGGCCACCCAAUGGGCAUUAUGUGUUCAGGGGCCCGGUCAGCGCUGUGGCUGUGUAAUAGUGCAACUAUGCCCCUUAAGAAAUGGCAGCCACAAGUACUGCUGGGAGGAAGUGACGGCCGGUCAGUCUCUCCCAGCUUACUCCGCGCAGGAGGCAGGAGGCAGUAGGCAGUUAAGAGCCAGCUGCCAGACCGACUCCGAUCAGCCACAGCCACCUUCCUGCAACAAAAAAAGUUUAGAUACAGGUGGGUGGCUAAAAAAAAGUUGCAUGUGUCUGUGUGUUAGUAUGUGUAUGUAUGUAUGUGUGUGUGUCUGUAUGUAUGCCAGUAUGUGUGUGUGUGUCUGUAUGUAUGUCACUAUUUGGGCAUGUGUGUCAGCAUUUAUGUGUCUGUAUAAAUGUCAGUGUGUCUGUGUGGAGUGUGUGUAUGUGUGUAUGUCAGUGUAUGUGUGUGUCUGUGUGUCCUUUUGUGUCAGUGUGUAUUUGUACAUCAGCAUGUGUGUGUGUGUAUUCUGUGUCAAUGUGUAUGAUUGUCUGUAUCUGUGUGUGUGUCAGUGUGGCUAUGUGUGUGUGUGUGUAUACAUGUGUGUAACUGCAUGUCAUUGUGUUUCUGCAUGUAUAUUGGUGUGUCAGUGUGUGUAUCUGUGUGUCAGUGUGUCUAUCUGUGUGUUUAUGUAUUUGCAUGUGUGUCUGUGUAUCUUUGUGUGUCUGUAUAUAAGUGUUUGGGGAAGUGUAUACACUACACACAAAUGCACGCCUACAUUCAAACACCAACAUUCACACACAUACUUCAUACAAAAACAUGUUUACAUUCAAACACAAAUAGUGUUUAUGAGUAUGUAUGUAUAUAUAUAUAUAUAUAUAUAUAUAUGUGCUAACUCACAUGUCAGGAUAGUGGCUGCGUAAACGUCUGGGUGCCAGAUAUACACCCCUGACCACCAUCUACCACAUCCCCAACACUCUGUCACAAUAUAUAUAUAUAUAUAUAUAUCUGGCACCCAGACGUUUAUGCAGUCACUAUCCUGACAUGUGGGUUAGCACAUGUGUAUGCAGCCAGUGGUGUAUCCUGGUUCUGGCAGGACAAAAAACUCAGGUGCCCCCACCCCCCCCGCGCGCCUCCCCCACCCAACCCUUCCCCCCUGCCCCGCCUUCUAAACACACACACACAUUCACUGACAGAUACGCAUACACUAGCUAACAGACACACAGACACACACACUCACUAACAGACACACACACUCACUAACAGACAAACACACAUUCACUAACAGACACACACAGACUCACACUAACAGACACACACUCACUAACAGACACACACUCACUCACAGACACACACACACACACACAGACACUCACUGACACACACACACUCACUAACAGACAAACACACAUUCACUAACAGACACACACAGACACACACACAAACACACUAACAGACACACACAGAAUCAGACACACACACACUAACAGACACACACACACACACACAUACACACAGACACUCACUCACAUAAACACACUCACUUUUUUUUAAUUUAACCCCCCACCAGCCUCCUUACCUUUGGGAAUGCUGGGGGGGUCUCCCUCUCCAUGGGGGUCCAGUGGCUGCUGGGCGGCCAGGUGGUCGGGCGGGCAGCGCUGGUGAGGGAGCACUUUCCCCUGAGCUGUCUGCUCAGCUCCCUCGUGCACCGCAGAGUGAUGCUGGGAGCCGAAAUAUGACGUCAUAUUCCGGCUCCCAGCAUCACUCUGCGGGCGGCGCGCAAGGGAGCUGAAUAGACAGCUCAGGGGAAAGUGCUCCCUCGCCAGCGCCGCCCGCCCGCCUGGCUUGUCAGUUAGCCGCGAGGCUAACAAGGCAUUUGCCCUGUGCAUUUGCCGCCCCCUGGAAAAUUCCGCCCAAGGCAAAUGCCUUGUUUGCCUUGCAGUUAUAACAUCCCUGUAUGCAGCCCCAGGGAAAGUUACGUUUAACCCCUUAAGGACCGGACUGUUUUUGCGAUGUUGUACAUUUGCGACCAGGCAUCUUUUUACACUUUUGUGGUGUUUGUGUUUAGCUGUAAUUUUCCGCUCUCUCAUUUACUGUUCCCAUACAAAUUAUAUAUUGUUUUUUUUCAGGACAAAGGGGGCUUUCUUUACAUACCAUUAUUUAUAUAAUAUAAUUUAAUUUUAAAAAAAUGAAAAAAUAUGAUGAAAAAUGUAAAAAAAUUACAUGUUUUUUUACUUUUACUUGAAAAAUCUUUUACUCAUCUACAAAAGCGAAUGAAAAAAACUGCUAAAUAGAUUCAAAAUUUUGUCCUGAGUUUAAAAAUACCCAGUGUUUACAUGCUUUUUUGCUAUUUUUUGCAUGUUAUAGGGCUAUAGGUACAAGUAGGAUAUUGCAGUUUCAAAACAUACAUUUUUAAAAUUUAUCAAUAGUGACAUUGUAACACUAUUAUCUGUCAUAAAUCUCUGAAUAACACCCCACAUGUACAUAUUUUUUUUAAAGUAGACAACCCAGGGUACUCAAUAUGGGGUAUGUCCAGACUUUUUUAGUAGCCACUUAGUCGCAAACACUGGCCAAAGUUAGCGUUCAUAUUUGUUUGUGUGUGAAAAAAGUAUUAUAUUUAUUUUUUAUUUUAAUUGUAUUAUUAUUAUUUAUAUUUAUUAUUAUUAUUAUUAUUCAUACUUAUUUUUCUUUUUAUUAUUUAUUUUUUAUUUUUUAUUUUUUUUAUUUUUUUUAUUUUAUUUUUUAUUUUAUUUUUUAUUUUUAUUUUAUUUAUUUUUAUUUUAUUUUAUUUUACUCUAUUUCAUUCUCUAUCUAUCCAUAUGAUUAUUAUUAUAUUGGCUUAAAUUUGAAGAUUAAUUUUUGUUUUUUCAUUACAGAAACAUUACUCCUAAAUACAGAAAUAGUUAAAUUAUAGUUUAAAAUAUAGGAAGGAUUUAUUGAAUGGUGUAUAUAAUAUAUCACACAAUUUUUGUAAGAAAUUGAGCAUAUCAAAUAGUUGGUCCUGAAUUGACCGUCUAUACCUUUAAAUUUUUCAUAAAGUUUUUCAUAAUUCUAAAUUUUCUAAGAAUCUUCCAUAUUAUUAAAUUUCUAAAUCUCCAUGUUUCAAAUUUCAAAUAUUUAAAUUUAUUCAAGUCUAUUCUAAUCACUCGAAUUAAUCAAAUUUAUAUAUGUCUCUUAAAAAUAAAAAUAAAAGUAAAUGCUGAUAUAUAGGUAUAUUCAUUAUAUACAUUGUAUUAAAAUUUCAAAUUUGAGAUAUAUAUAUAUGUUAAUAUUGAUAUGCUCAAUAUCUAGUAUUUAUGUUUAUAUUGAUAUCUCUAUGUGAGAUGUGCUCUGUGUUGAUAAGUAUCAUCUAUUCAGCCUGCAAUUCUGUGCUGCAAGUGUUUUUUUGAGUUGUCACAAUUGAGAAUAAUUGGUAUAUACUGCGGUUUCACUCUAUCCGCGAAACCGGAAGUGAUGUCAUGCGGAAGUAGUAUGCGUUCCAAGGUGGAACGCACGCCAACACUGGCGAAUAUUUGAGUGAUCAGAUGGCGGAUAUAUAAGAAGAUUCCCAAUCCUAUCCCAGCUACACAUCCCUGAGGAAGUCCAGAGGAGGACGAAACGCGUUGGAACUGUUUUUAUUUAGUUUUUGUACUGUUCAUAUGAACUUUUAUUUUAAUAUUGUUUGGUUGCUGCUAUUACUGCUCCAGAUCCUGUAUUUUGAUUGGCUCAGCUGCUACAAGUGGAUACCACCCAGUGUGGAGACAAGCUGUUUUUAUUCUGAUACAUUGUAAGUGCAAUAUAUGUAAUAAAUUGUUACUCUUACUCUAUACAACCUGCACUAUCUAUUUCUUCUUUCCUUCCAUUUGGAGUGAAUUAGAAGAUUUGCCAUUAUAAAACUGGAUUCAUCGCUGGAGGUCCUUCACAUUCUCCAGUCCCCUAAUACAGAGGGAGAUAUGCCUGAUCUCAUCCCAUUUUUGUGAGUUCUCUACCACUUUCAAUUUCUAAGUGGCUUUAACAAUAUCACACUAUAUAUUGUUUGUGUAUUUUUUACAGAUGUAAUUCUGAAUCUAGAAUAUAUCAACACAAUUCAGUUUGUAUUCAUUUAUUUAUUAUCACUUUAGUGAUUCACAUUAUUUUGUACCUUUUGGUUGUUUCUUUUUCUUGUCAGCGUUCAUAUUUGUUUGUGUGUGAAAAAAGUAAAAAACUAAAUUGAACGCUAAUUUUGGCCAGUGUUUGCCAAUUUUGGCCAGUGGUUACUAAAAAAGACUGGACAUACCCCAUUUGCAAUACCUUGGGUUGUCUUUUUAUGCAAAUGGUAUGCCAUCAUAGGGGUAAUUCUCAUUCCUGGGCUACCAUACGCUCUCAAAGGCAACGUAACCAACCUGGCCAUUUUCAAUGUAAAAAUAUUUGACCCAUAUAUUUGACCCUGUAACUUUCAAAAACGCUAUAAAACCUUUACAUGGGGGGUACUGUUAUACUCAGGAGACUUUGCUGAACACAAAUAUUACAGGGAGUGCAGAAUUAUUAGGCAAAUGAGUAUUUUGACCACAUCAUCCUCUUUAUGCAUGUUGUCUUACUCCAAGCUGUAUAGGCUCGAAAGCCUACUACCAAUUAAGCAUAUUAGGUGAUGUGCAUCUCUGUAAUGAGAAGGGGUGUGGUCUAAUGACAUCAACACCCUAUAUCAGGUGUGCAUAAUUAUUAGGCAACUUCCUUUCCUUUGCAAAAUGGGUCAAAAGAAGGACUUGACAGGCUCAGAAAAGUCAAAAAUAGUGAGAUAUCUUGCAGAGGGAUGCAGCACUCUUAAAAUUGCAAAGCUUCUGAAGCGUGAUCAUCGAACAAUCAAGCGUUUCAUUCAAAAUAGUCAACAGGGUUGCAAGAAGCAUGUGGAAAAACCAAGGCGCAAAAUAACUGCCCAUGAACUGAGAAAAGUCAAGCGUGCAGCUGCCACGAUGCCACUUGCCACCAGUUUGGCCAUAUUUCAGAGCUGCAACAUCACUGGAGUGCCCAAAAGCACAAGGUGUGCAAUACUCAGAGACAUGGCCAAGGUAAGAAAGGCUGAAAGACGACCACCACUGAACAAGACACACAAGCUGAAACGUCAAGACUGGGCCAAGAAAUAUCUCAAGACUGAUUUUUCUAAGGUUUUAUGGACUGAUGAAAUGAGUGAGUCUUGAUGGGCCAGAUGGAUGGGCCCGUGGCUGGAUUGGUAAAGGGCAGAGAGCUCCAGUCCGACUCAGGCGCCAGCAAGGUGGAGGUGGAGUACUGGUUUGGGCUGGUAUCAUCAAAGAUGAGCUUGUGGGGCCUUUUCGGGUUGAGGAUGGAGUCAAGUUCAACUCCCAGUCCUACUGCCAGUUCCUGGAAGACACCUUCUUCAAGCAGUGGUACAGGAAGAAGUCUGCAUCCUUCAAGAAAAACAUGAUUUUCAUGCAGGACAAUGCUCCAUCACACGCGUCCAAGUACUCCACAGCGUGGCUGGCAAGAAAGGGUAUAAAAGAAGAAAAUCUAAUGACAUGGCCUCCUUGUUCACCUGAUCUGAACCCCAUUGAGAACCUGUGGUCCAUCAUCAAAUGUGAGAUUUACAAGGAGGGAAAACAGUACACCUCUCUGAACAGUGUCUGGGAGGCUGUGGUUGCUGCUGCACGCAAUGUUGAUGGUGAACAGAUCAAAACACUGACAGAAUCCAUGGAUGGCAGGCUUUUGAGUGUCUUUGCAAUGAAAGGUGGCUAUAUUGGUCACUGAUUUGUUUUUGUUUUGUUUUUGAAUGUCAGAAAUGUAUAUUUGUGAAUGUUGAGAUGUUAUAUUGGUUUCACUGGUAAUAAUAAAUAAUUGAAAUGGGUAUAUAUUUGUUUUUUGUUAAGUUGCCUAAUAAUUAUGCACAGUAAUAGUCACCUGCACACACAGAUAUCCCCCUAACAUAGCUAUAACUAAAACAAACUAAAAACUACUUCCAAAAAUAUUCAGCUUUGAUAUUAAUGAGUUUUAUGGGUUCAUUGAGAACAUGGUUGUUGUUCAAUAAUAAAAUUAAUCCUCAAAAAUACAACUUGCCUAAUAAUUCUGCACUCCCUGUAGUGUUUCAAAACUGGAAAACGUAUCACAACAAUUAUAUCAUCAGUAAAAGUGCUGUUUGUGUGUGAAAAAUGCAAAAAAAGGCACUUUCACUGACAAUAUAAUCGCUGUGUUAUGUUUUACUGUUUUGAAUCACUAAUAUUUGUGUUCAGCGAAGUAAAACAGUACCCCCCAUUUACAAGUUUUAGGGUGUCGUAGAACGUUACAGGGUAAAAUACAGUGCUAGCAAAUUAAAUUCUCUGGACUUUCGGCCUGGGUUGGCAGGCAGGUCCCUCAAAUUGCAAUCAAUAAAAUUACUUAAUUAUGUAAAAAUAUUACAUAAAUACGCACGUAGAAUUUAAAUAUAUAAGCAUAUUUAUAUAUUUGAAGUCUACGUGUAUAUUUAUAUAAUUAUUUAUGUAAUUUUGGACAUAUGUAUAUUUCGUAUUAUUUCAUUAUUUAUAUAUACAUAGAUAUAUAUAUAUAUACAAUUUCAUUCUAAGUGUAUUUUGAUAUUAAUAAUAAAAAAUUUAAAACAAUUAUAUAUCUAUAUGAAAUUUUAUUCUAACUGUAUUUUGAUAUUAAUAUAUAUAUAUAUAUAUAUAUAUAUAUAUAUAUAUAUAUAUAUCAAAAUACAGUUAGAAUAAAAUUUCAUAUAGAUAUAUAAUUGUUUUAAAUUUUUUAUUAUUUUUACAUUUUUUUAAUUUAAUUUAAAUUACUUAUUUGUAUUUUAUAAUAUAUAUACAGUAUAUAUAGUUAUUAUAUAUAUAUAUAUAUACAUGUGUAAUUUAAUUAUAAGUGUAUUUUUAUAUUAAUAUAUGUACAUAUUAAUAUAAAAAUUACACUUAGUAUGACAUUAUAUAUAUGAUAUAUAGACAUAUAUUAUAUAGAUAUAAUAAAUGUCUAUAUAUCAUAUUUAUAUACACAUAUAUAAUUAUUUUUUUUAAUUAACAUUAACUUUUAUUUUUUUUAUGAUUUUACACUAGCAGGGAGACUCCCUGUCCCCCUGCAGGCAGACACAUGGACACCCAUUGUGACCAUGUGAUCGCUGUGGGUCCUAAUCCGCAAUGGGGAGACUGUCUGGGCUGCAGGCAGUCUCCCCACACUGGGAGCAACGCCGAUCGCCGCCGGGGGAACGACGGUGAUCAGGUAAGUACAUAAGACCGUUAGGAUGGUUCAGGACCGUCACCGGUCGGCAAUGGAAAAAUGCCGAUGAAGGUCCUGAACCGCCCUCGGUCCUUAAGGGGUUUAAUGUAGUUUUUUUUUUCUAUGUUGUUAUUUGGGUCCCUGUGGUAGAGUAUUUGGAAGAGCAGGGUGGGCCGAUUCUCCACCCCACUGUCAGAGUGGCUGUGCAUGAGUCAAGCCCAGGUUUUCUGAGGAGUUCUGUCUCACUGCCUAACGAGGUCAUUAGCCUCACCUGUAGGGGCUGUGAGCAGCUUUAUAGCUUCUGUUAAAGUAGGGUGGAGGGUGGACAUUUUUUUUGUGGAGAAAGAAGCUUGGAAGGUUUUCUGCCAUUUGUAAGCAUUGCUGCUUUGUAUAUCCUGUUGUAUCCUGAUAUACUGGCUACUUACUAUCAACAGAAAAUAAACAGGUCAGAGGCCUUUUAAACUGGACUUUGUCUUGACCUGGCUUCCUUACUCUAGAGGGCUGUGCAGUUGCCAAAAGAUCCCAAAUAGUGCUUUUAAAAGGCAAUACAUCCCAGGGGCCAUAGUCACAGGGCAAGAUGCUGGCACGCAGGCCUCUCCAAAUCCCAGUGACAAAGGUGCUUUCAUCACAGUUGAGAAAAGUAGCUCAUGAUUGUUUAGCAAAUGAUGAUUCUGGAAAUGUCCUUUUUCUGCAAUAGAAUGACUAGGCUUAAGAACAGAGAAGGCUGAAGCCUCACGUCACAUGCCAGCUUUAGUAGGAGAUGGCCUGGGCCACAAUAGUCAGGAGUCUGAUAAUGAUCAGAAUCAAGGCAUUAACUUGCCUGAAUUAGAAAUUAGUCCUGUUAACUUCAGGAAAACACCCACUCUUGCAGAGGCCCGUACAAAUAUCCAUAUUUCUAAUAAUAAUCCAGUACAAUUAGAUAGAGCCCCUUCUUAUCCUUACUUUGAGGUACAGAAUGAUUUGAUUUAUAGACUGGAGAAAUAGGGGAUGGAUGUUGUAAAGCAACUACUUGUUCCUAAGCCCUUUAGACAUACAGUCCUAAAUCUUGCACACAGCCAUAUACUGGGGGGACAUCUAGGAAUAGAAAAGACAAAAGAAAGAAUCUUACAGAGGUUUUAUUGGCCUGGGGUAUUUGCUUCAGUUGCAAAUUAUUGUUCUUGUUGUUCUGAAUGCCAGCAAACCGCCCCUUUUAAGGCAUACCGCAGACCUCUGGUACCAUUGCCUAUAAUAGAAAUACCUUUUGAGAGAAUUGCAAUGGACCUGGUAGGUCUUCUGGUAAAGUCUGCAAGGGGGCAUCAAUAUAUAUUGGUGGUUUUGGAUUAUGCUACUAAGUACCCGGAAGCAGUACCUCUACGUAACACAUCUGCGAAAACAAUAGUGAAAGAACUCAUGCUCGUGUAGCCGGCUGGGCAUACCAAAAGAAAUUUUGACAGAUCAGGGUACACCAUUUAUUUCUAAAGUUACGAAGGAGUUAUGCAAACUACUUCAAAUUAAACAUCUUUGGACCUCUGUUUAUCAUCCCCAGACAGACGGACUGGUAGAACGGUUCAACAAGACCACAAAAAGUAUGUUAAGGAAAGUAAUUGACAAGGACGGUAAGAAUUGGGAUUGCUUACUACCCUAUCUAAUGUUCUCUAUAAGGGAGGUGCCACAAGCUUCUACGGGUUUCUCUCCUUUGGAAAUUCUAUAUGCCACGCCCACUCACUAAAAAACAAGUCAGGACUUUCUUAGGACUUAUUGGGUACUACAGGCGAUUAUUUCCUGAUUUUGCUACAUUAGCAGCUCCUUUAACUGAUCUCACAAAAGGAAAAGCCCCACUAUUGGGGAAGUGGUGAUUUGAGACAGAAAAAUCGUUUGUAAAUUUGAACUAGGCUUUGGGCACCCAACCAGUUCCCGUAACCCCGGAUUUCGCUAAAGAGUUUAUUGUGCAAACCGAUGCAUCAGAGAUUGGGUUAGAGGCGGUUCUGUCUCAGGAAAUUCAGGGUGAAGAACACCCAGUGUUUUAUUUAAAGCGGCACUGUCAUGCCGAACUUACCUUUCCUCAAUCUCUUCCUCUUCUCCCCCUCUCUCAGGAUCUGUUAUUCUUUUCUUCCUGUCUUCUUUAGUUUUCUUUAAAAUCAUAAGACAAAGUAGGGACUCUUUGCCUUAUGGAGGAUUCCUCCGCUUGACCAGCUCUGACCAGCGGAGGAGCAAAGUGUGCUUCAUUUCCGCUGGUCAGAGCAAUUUUCCCACAAUUCUCACCUUUCCUCUGUGUUCCCGCGAUGCUUCCUGUCACUUUACAUGAAAAUGCCGAAUUGCGUUCUAACUGAAUGAGAACAGUAUGUUCGUUUCUUUUAGAACGCAAUUCGGCACUUUGUUCGGAUCGGAGUUUCAUUCGAAUGAAUGAAACUCCGAUCCUAUUCAUUGCCACGGCUGCAUCUUGCAGCCGCUAAGUAGAUAACUCCCUAAUUCCCACGGUAUCAGGGAGUUAUCUACUAAAAGGCUGAAAGACCUAAACUGGUCUUUCAGCCACAUUUACUAAUACUAAGUAAAAAUUACUUAGUAUUAGUAAAUAAUAUGCCCCUACUCGCUAUAUCGCGAGUAGGGGCAUGUGUAGUAAGCAGUGAGCAGCUUAUAGCCCACGCUGUGUAAAAUGACUUGAAAGCCACCCAAUCUGAGUGCUCUGUGUCAUUUUACACAGCGUGGGAAAGUUAUUUAGAAUUUUCCCACGCUGUGUAAAAUGACUCAUAACACUCUGAUUGGUUACUUAAUCCACCAAUCAGAGUGUUCUAAGCCUAAUUGCAGGCCGGGGCAAGGCAGAGCUCAGUACGCGGCGUGCCCUCGAAGGGCGAACAUGGAUUAAUUUUUUUUUGCGCUCUUUUUUUUUUUCUUUUUUUUUUAAAGUGCGACGGGUAUGAUGGAUUUUUAUUUUUGCCUUUUUGGGGGCUGAAGAAAGAAGAUUAAAAAAAAAAAAAAAAAAAAAAGAGCGCCAUGUUAAGCCCUUCGAGGGCUACGUACUGAGCUCCAGGGCGAGGUCAAGGCUUAUAAAGCCUUGCCCCGGCCUAAUUAGGCUUAGAACACUCUGAUUGGUGGAUUAAGUAACCAAUCAAGUGUUAUGAGUCAUUUUACACAGCGUGGGGAAAAUUCAAAAGAACUUUCCCGGCUGUGUAAAAAAUACAAGCACUCAGAUUGGGUGGCUUUCAAGCGGAGCUCAGUACAUGUGCCCUCGAAGGGGCCGAACAUGGAUGAAUUUUUUUGCGCUUGUUUUUAAAGUGCUGGAUUUUUAUUUGGCCUUUUUGGGGGCUGAAGAAAGAAGAUUUUAGAAAAAAGAAGACGUCAAAUGGUAAGUUAAAUUUUUUUUUACAGGUUAGUUAUUUUAUUCCCCCCUCACUAUUUUUAGGGUGAGGGGGGUAGGUAAGGGAUAGUUUUUUUUUGGGUGGGGGGGGGUGACUAGGGGCUUGGGACCCCUAGUCACCUUGAUUGGUGGGGGGUGUUUUAUUUAGGGCCCCCACCCACCGCUCAAGGGUGGGGGCCGGGGAGGGAGGACAGUAGGUCCCCCCCUUAUUGUUUUAUUAGGGCCCCCACCCACCUCUCAGGGGUGGGGCCAGGGGGGGAGGACAGUAGGUCCCCCACCCCUUAUUGUUUUAUUAGGGCCCCCACCCACCGCUCAGGGGUGGGGCCGGGGGGGAGGACAGUAGGUCCCCCACCCCUUAUUGUUUUAUUAGGGCCCCCACCCACCACGCAGGGGUGGGGGCCAGGGGGGGAGGACAGUAGAUCCCCCCCCUUAUUGUUUUAUAAGGGCCCCCACCCACUGCGCAGGGGUGGGGGCCAGGGGGGAGGACAGUAGGUCCGCCCCCCUCAGGGGGGGAGGACAGUAGGUCCCCCCCCCUCAGGGGGGAGGACAGUAGGUCCCCCCCCUUAUUGUUUUAUAAGGUCCCCCACCCACCGCGCAGGGGUGGGGGCAGGGGGGGAGGACAGUAGGUACCCCCCUUAUUGUUUUAUAAGGGCCCCCACCCACCCACCAUGCAGGGGUGGGGGCCAGGGGGGAGGACAGUAGGUUCCCCCCCCUUAUUGUUUUAUUAGGGCCCCCACCCACCGCUCAGGGGUGGGGGCCGGGGGGGAGGACAGUAGGUCCCCCCCCUCAUUAUCUUCAUGGCCCCCACCCGCCACUCAGGGUGGGGGAGGGGGGGAGGACAAUAGGUCCGCCCCCCCUUAUUGUAAUUUAUGUAAUUUUUUUUUCAACAGUGAGCAGCCACAGGCUAUACCGCGAGUAGGGGCAUUUGGGAGAUUUUAAUCUCCCUUGUGCUAUUAUGGGGGUCAUAUUGACCCCCAUAGAGUGAGAGGGGGACCUGGGGGGGCUUAUGAAGUGGUGGGGAGCACUGCUCCCUGCCGCUUCUAUCUUUACAUAUUACAAGGAGGGAGCUGCGUGCCGGUAGCUCCCUCCUUGUAAUAAACUGAACGAACAAACAUACACUGAUACAUAGUGUUUGUUUGUUCGGCUGAUAUUUCUAUUCAUUCAUUCGUCUGUCUGAUGAAUGAAUGAAUAGAUGAAAUUCCCGUUCGCAUGUCCAGGUGUUUCACUGGGCAUGUGCGGGAAUCUCACAGUCUGUCUAGUGUGGGCAGAUGACGUGUCCCUGAGGGACUUCACCUACCCACACAAAGAUGGCAGCGCCCUGAAUAUAGAUCGGGGCAGAAAAUAAAGAUUUAAAAAGAGGUAAUCUGGGGGGCUUAAGGGUAUUUGGGGGUGACUAGUGGGUCAAUUGGAUGUAGUGGAGGCGGGAGGGGGGUUAAAAAAAAAAGGGAUUCGGCAUGACAGUGCCACUUUAAGUAGGAAGCUGACUCCCGCUGAGAAAAAUUAUUUUAUAGCGGAGAAAGAAUGCCCCGCCAUAAAAUGGGCCUUAGACUCACUAAAAUAUCAUCUGCUGGGCAGCAAAUUUAGGUUGGUCAGAGACCAUGCUCCCCUAACCUGGAUGAGUCAAAACAAAGAUAAUAUUGCCAGGGUGACAAGGUGGUUGCUCAGUUUGCAACUAUUUCAUUUUACAGUUGAACAUAGGCCUGGUUCUAAACAUGGAAAUGCUGACAUUUUAUCACGACUAAAUUUGUUAUCUGUGGUCGCUCACACCACUAGGUCUGAGCUGGGGGGAGGAUAUGUGACUGAGUGUUGGGGAUGGUGGACAGGGGUGUAUAUCUGGCACCCAGACCUUUGCACAGCCACUAUUCUGACAUGUGGGUUAGCACAUGCAGCCCCAGGGAAAGUUAAGUUUAAAUGUAGUUUUUUUUUUCUAUGUUGUUAUUUGGGUCCCUGGGGUGGAGUAAUAUACACACACUGGAUCCACUACACAUGCACUAACUCACACCGUGUCCACUUUACGCGCACUGCAUCCAAUACACUGUAUCCACUUUACACACACUGCGGACUUGGAGGCGGGUCUUCGGGUGGGCUUGGAGGCGGGUCUGUGGGUGGGCUUGGAGGCGGGCUCUCUAGGUGCGCUUGGAGGCGGGUCUGUGGGUGGGCUUGGAGGCGGACUCACGGGGGCCAGACCUUGAGCUUUGUUAGGGGCCUAAAAAUGUAUAAUGGUGGCCCUCAGUGCCUGGAUUUCUUUCUUUCUUCCAAAAUUAUUUUAUUCUUUCUUCCAAAUCCAUCUAUCAGAAUUCCAAAUGUAAAAACUUAAAUGGUCAGGUGUCUUCUAUAACACUAUAGCUUUACAGAAUAGUAACAAAGGCAUACAUUGGGGUAUUGCUGUACUCAGAUGAUGUAGCUGAACACAAUAUGUGGUUUUGUAUAGGGAUAUAACUAUCAGGUUUAUGAAAUACACAUUAAGAAAACCUUGUUAUUUAUGUGCUGGUAAAAUAACAGAAAAAAAGUAUUUUACUACAAUAUUUAGCAGAUAUAAAAGUGUCAAAAUACCCUUAAAAAUAGCUUUUGAUGCCUACUUUAUAUAUAUAUAUAUAUAUAUAUAUAUAUAUAUACUCUUGUGAGGCAAUUGUAUUUUCUGUAAUGUCUAUUAAAUUAGAAGACAAACACACCAAAGUCUAAAAUUGCUCCACAUUGAUAUCUUAUUUAACCCCUUAAGGACACUUGACAUGUGUGACAUGUCAUGAUUCUUUUAUUCCAGAAGUUUGGUCCUUAAGGGGUUAAAGGACCACUAUAGGCACCCAGACUACUUCAGCUUAAUGAAGUGGUCUGGGUGCCAGGUCCCUCUAGUUUUAACCCUGCAGCUGAAAACAUAGCAGUUUCAGAGAAAAUCACAGUGAGAAGACACUGGACAUCCAUAGGAAAGCAUUGAGAAAUGCUAUCCUAUGGGCGGUUUGAAUGCACGUGCGGCUCUUGAAGCGCAUGCGCAUGCAGCACCGACGUCGGCAGAGGGAGGAGAGUUCACCAGCGCCGGCGCUGCAGAAAGGUAAGUGGCUGAGGGUUUUUAACCCCUUUAGCCCAACGGGAGUGGGACCGUGAGGGUGGUGGGGACCUAUUAACACUAUAGAGCCAGGAAAACAAUUUUGUUUUCCUUGCACUAUCAUGCUCCUUUAACUUCUUGUAUUUUGUGACUUGUAACUACCAAAAAUAUACUGAAAUCCUAGACUUAUGAUGUACUUUUUAAAUUAACACAAAUAAAUUAAUUUUCAAUUACUUUUCUUAACCUGCAUUAAUUAUGGGCACAUUGUUAUUGCCCAAAGAGUUCUUUGUGUUUUUGCUUUUCAUUUUUUUUUUAAUCUUAAAUGAGAACAUAUAUAUGCAUAGUUCACAUCAAAUUGAAGCCCUGUCUGUCCUUUAAAAAAAACAUAUAUAAUACAAGUUAUGAAAAAAAUUAAAUUUUUGGUUGAACACACAUAGAAAAAAAAUUCAAAAAAUGCUUCUGUCCUUAACUACAAAAUAAACAAACUGAAGCUGUGUUAUAAAGGGAUAAACUUCCUUGUUUUGCUAGAUCAGUUCCAGCGAGCAUGCAUUAUAGAAGCAGUGUGUUGUGCAAUUAUAAUCUACCCUGGGUAGGAAAAAGUGUAAAUGCUCAAUACUCUCUGGACUAUAACUUUUGCAGUGAUACAAAGUUAUUGUUGUGCUUAGAGUGUUUGUAUUGCAUUUCUGCAUCACAUGUAAGUGGAUACUCUAUACAAGAACAGGAGACCGUCAUGUAUUUACUUUCAUUUUCUAUCAUUCUGACAGUCUGCAUCGCAGCUUCAGAUCAUGUUUGUGUUUUUUCGCAGCUUCUGCACACUGGUAUCUCCUAAAAGCAGGUGAUAACGAAGUCUGUUUCAGGUAAGUCAGUGCUGCCUUUUAAAAAGUUUGCUUUCCUUUUCCUAUAUCACCAUGAUGUGCUGAUGAGGAUUUAAUACAUGUAGCACGAUGUACUCUACAAAUGUUUAUUUUAAUUUUAAUGCUUUAAUGCAUCCAUUUUAAUAUUCCAGUGUGUUUUUUUGUGUAUAUACAAGACUGCGAGCAGAAAUGUUGGGGUCCUUUACAAAAUCACUGGACAUUCCCCUUGUACAUUAUCUUCUAGACAUAUGUACACAUCCAUGUGCACAGAUGCAUAUUCACUUUGAAACAUACACUCAUGCGUACACUGGUGGACAUUCUCAAGCAUUAUUACAUAUAGAUAGUACUUCUAGACACACUCAAUCUACGGGGCUCCUGGUGCAAAACUGAUCCAUGGGGCCACCCCAUACAGACAUACACUAAGAUACACACAUACAUACACACAUACAUACAUACAUACAUACACUUACAGACACACACACAUACACAGAGACAUACACACAUAUACAUAGACAGACACACACAUACAGACACACACAUACAGACACACACAUACAGACACAUACAUACAGACACACAUAAACACAUAAAUACAAAGACACACAUACAUACAGACACACAGACACAUACAUACACAGAUAAACACAGACACAUACAUAGACACACUUACACACAUAUACACACACACACACAUACAGACACACAUGCAGAGACACACACACACAUACACUAACACACACACAUGCAAAAUAUUUUAGUCACCCUCCUAUUACCUAUCUUUUAGGUGCAGGAGGGUGACUUCCCUGGCAUCCAGUGGCUCAGGUUGAUGGGAGUCAGAGUUCCCACUCUGACUCCCUCUGCUUCCUCCCACGUGGCUCCUGGUGGUUGCUGGGAGGAGUGACCGUGGCAGUCACUUCCUCCCAGCAUCUGACAUCGUCAGAGUGGGCUCGGUCGCGCUGUUACCGGGCCCACUCUGUUGAUAUUCAUUUCCAUCGGGUGGCCCUAACAGCAUGAGCCACCCGAUGGACCCUUCACCUGCGGCCCUGGCAAUUACACUGCGCUGCCGGGGCCGCAACAUAUGGCGGCAGGCACCCGGUCGCAGGGGUACGCAGGAGUGACUGUAGUGUCUAAGUCGGAUUUGGGCUGUUAAAUAUGGGGAGGUAGUGGCUGUAAAUGAUGUCACGGCAUGCAAUGCCAAUCAUAGUGAUUUAACCACUUAAGGAUUGUGGGCAUACUAUGCCAUCCUGCAAAAGGUGGGAUUUAGCGACGCAAGGCGUCAUAACACACCCAGCAGAUCAUCAACUCCCCUUAGCCUGGUAUACUCACCUACUGCAGUAUUCUCAUUAUGCUGUUAAAGAUAAUAUGGAAAUAACAAAUUCUUGUAUCCCAAUGUACUAAAAAAGCAAAAGAAAAAAUUAUGAAAAUAAAUUAAAUGGAAAUAUGAUGUUUUCCAUUUUGAUUAAUAGAGUGUAUUCUAUUGUACUUUUGUGUACAGUCUAUUUAUUAGUGUGAACAAAUUCUGUCAAUCACAGGCUUUUAAACUGUAUCCGAGGAAUGUGUCCUAUGAAUCUGAAGAAUGGUUAAACUGCUUAAUUGUUUUAUGUUUGUAAUCAUAGUAUAAAAAACUUGCUUUCAUGUUGUAGUUCAUUCACCAAAGUGAGCUAAAUCUAUCCCGUGUAUUUUAUUGUACCUAUAAAUUAUGUAUAAUAUAAGAAAGACAUUGCACGAUUACAUAUUUCAAAGGUUUGGAAACAUUAGACAAUAUAGGAGUGUUUGACUAAUAUAUAGAAAUAAAGAAAUGUCUUUGGCAUAUUGGUCAAUUCAUUAAUAAACUGCACAAAAUGUUGUUCAUACCCUAUAUCAUAAAAUGUAAUUAUGUUCUAACCGAACGUAUUCUGCUACAUAGGAAACAUGAUAUAUUAUAUAUGAACAGGCUUACAAAACAGAAUAGUGUGUGAACUUUAGAAUUGCCAGUGGAGGUCAAUUAAAAAAGGCCCAAUAAAAUAAAGCAGUUUAUCAAGAUUUUUGUCACAAUCAAAUAUUACUUUUUAUUUGGUGAAACAUACACUUUCUUCUGCUAAUCCUGACCUUUAUGAGGUUAUCAUUUUGAUUAUAUAUUCUCAGAUUCUUUUUGUGCUAUAAUGUCUACAUUAUAUUGAACAAUUUCCUCAACACUCCCAGAAUGACUCAUAGAAUGAGUUGCAGAAUAUGCUUGUUACCACAGCAUUGUAUCUGGUCGGCUAUGUUGCUUCUAUUUUAUUUGUGGAAUUACCCAACAGUAGCUUUCAAGUCAAAGCAUGGGUUAAGCUUUCAAUGAACCAGCUGUCCCACCAGAGAAAACUGUUUUAAUAGGGACCAUAGUGCAUGGGAUAGGUAGUAACUGAAGUGGAUAGGGACUUACUCCCCUUCUUUUUUUUCAUUCUUUUCUCUUAGCUUUAUCACACUGGUUUAGGUUUUUGAUUUCUGACUUUUGUUUCCGCUUAUAAGUGGAAGAUAUUUUCUUAUUUGUUUGAACGGAAGGUGUAAUUUGGACCUUUUAGGUUUCACUUCUGCAAUCUGUACUGCAAUCUGCGCUACAAUAGAAAUUCAUCCUGCUGUGAUGUCCUGUGACGGCGAUACCUCCUUGGUGGUGAACAACAUCCUACCCUACCUACCGAUCUCUCACCUUAAAGGACCACUCUAGGCACCCAGACCACUUCAGCUUAAUGAAGUGGCCUGGGUGCCUGGUCCCUCUAGGAUUAACCCUUUUUUUUUAUAAACAUAGCAGUUUCAGAUAAACUGCUAUGUUUAUAAAUGGGUUAAUCCGGCCUCUAAAGCCUCUAGUGGCUGUCUCAUUGACAGCCGCUAGAGGCGUUUGCGUGCUUCUCACUAUGAAAAUCACAGUGAGAAGACGCAAGCGUCCAUAGGAAAGCAUUAUGAAUGCUUUCCUAUGAGACUGGCUGAAUGCGCGUGCAGCUCCUGCCGCACAUGCGCAUUCAGCCGAAGAGGAGGCGGAGAGGAGGAGGAGAGCUUCCCGCCCGGCACUGGAAAAAAGGUAAGAUUUAAACCUUUCCUCGCCAUCCAGCUCGGCGGGAGUAUGUUUUCCGGGCACUAUAGUGGACCUUUAAGUUACUCUAGGAAGUGGGACUCUCAUAGCUAUUGGAGCUGCUUCCUUACGCAAUGUACAGAUGGAUCUCGUAUUCUGUUUGUUUUGUGUUUUUAUUUUACUAUUGUGACUUGUAAUAAACUGUUAAUGUUUGAAUAAAAAUAAAUAAAAGCAAAUAGGAGAUAUGCAAGAAGAGUACUCACAGCAAGGGGUUAGCUGCAGCAUCCAUUGUGUUGUGACUUCCCACACAUUGGGCAUUGGGAUGGUGGAUAGAUUAAUGAUAACUUGCCAAGGGGUGCCCAGUCCCCUGGCUUUUUAAAAUGCCACAAAAUUUUGAGCUAGGGUAUGCCCAGUCCUCACAACAUUAUUAAAAUGUACUUACUCCCACCAAUCCGGGCCUAGCAGGGAUCUACCUUAGCAAUGACCUAUAAACAAGAAUAAUACUCAACUUAUUGUCAACCAGUGCCCAUGAAUCUUCAUUUUCUGCCCGUAGAAAUAGGCAUCCUGAAAAGUGAAAAAUAUCCUAAUACAUACAGAGGAUUUAUACCCUUGUAUUGUAAAAGGCCAGUUUGAUUGACUUGUUUAUUAUGACCAAUCAUAUUGCUCUCCUCAUAAGGGUUAAAAUCCCUGUGUUGUGAGCAAUUGAAAAAAAAUGGAUAAAACAAUUAGAUUAGUCAUUUUAAAAUACAUGUAUAUCAAUACUGCAUUUUUAAAUUUAUUUCUGCAGAUGUGUUUUGCAAUAGUGCAAUCUUUAUUUUAAAAUUGAAAUUCUUUGUAAUAGUGAUCUGCAGAUAUUAUGAUUAUUGGUAAAUAUGUACUAUUGAACUUUAUAUAUAGCAAUGUCCACCUUUAGGCUAUUGUAUUUAUAUAUUGUCUAUCUGUCUAAUUAUCACUAUCUCUACCUAUUUUUUUUUUACAAGCGUUUCAUUUAUGUGAAUGAGUAAAAUGUUGCUGCAAACUCUGUUUAACUAUUCUGUUUGAUUCUUACAGACACAGGGAAGGUCUUUGAAUACAGAAGAGAAUGCAUUUUGUUUUAAUACUUAGUCUACUGACCUCCACAUUGAUCUCAGGUAAAAUGAAAAUAGAAUUAUAAACUAUAAUAGAUAUAUCUGUCUAUCAUUGGAAAAUAUACAUCAUACUUUAACCUUUGCAAAGAUAAGACUAUUAUUGACUUAAAUGGUGCUUGCCCUGCUGGAGAUUGGGGAAAAAAAAAAUCUAUUUAAAGGACAACUAACCGUUUUCCUGGACUAUAGGGUUUUUAGGUCCCCCCAGCCUCAGGAUCCCACUCCCGCUGGGCUAACAGGGUUAAUACAAGCAGUACACUUGAGUGGGAUGUGUAUGAUGGCUAAGUGUGAUUGGGCUGUAGUUGGCUUACUUAAGUAAUUCUUUGUGUGGCUUGCAUGAGUCCGUGUUGGUUGGCUGAGUGUGAUAUGCAUCUAUGCAGUUGAACGAGUGUGAUUGUGUUUAUGUGUGGCUGGUUAAGUGUGAUGGUUUAUGGGCUUUGGCUGUCUGUGAGUGUGGUGUGAUUGGUCCUGCUUGGGGUCACUUCCCUAAGCAUGGCAAUCCCCCAUGUUGAUUCUAACAUGUUGGCUUCAUAACCAGCACACUGUCAUCAGUGCAUCCCAUAUUCAGGGCCGGCACUUCCUAUAGGCCCAUUAGGUGGCCGCCUGGGGCGCCGCUUAAGGGUGAGCGCAGGUAGUUGCUUUACUGCCCUCCCUAUCGAGCUGUAUUAAUUUAGUGCGGCCGCCAACCAUGUUACCGGACACUAGGGAGCAGGGCCGGACUGGGGAUUCCAAAGCAGCCCUGGAAAAAAAAUCUAUGCCAGCCCCAUAAGUCAUUGCGCCAUAUAUUGUCGCAUGUAAUAUGUAAGGCUAUGUCUUGCCACCCUAGAUGAUUUUUAUAUAUAUAUAUAUAUAUAUAUAUAUAUCUUUUUCCAAUAUAAAAUAUUGGUCCUUUCAGAGUAAAAAUUUUAAUUAUACAAUAAGCAUACUCACAUGCAGACACAGACAAUCUCACUGACACAAGCUGAUUGAUACACAGCCUCAUAGACAAUCAAUCUCACUGAAAUACAUAAGCUCAUUGACAUAAAAAACACAAGCUCACUCACUAGCAGGCACACAAACACACAUUCAAGCAAGCUCACUCACUAGCAGGCGCACACACACAAUGUAGUGGUUCUGGUGUCUAUAGCCUGUCCCUGCAGGCUUUUCAAUGUAAACACUGACUUUUUAGAGAAAAGGCAGUGUUUACAUUGCUUCCUAGUGACAGACACUCAGACGGUCACUAGAGGUGCUUCCUGUGUCAGUGCAGAUUGGCUGAGUUCAUCAAGUUUGAUGAUCUCAGCCAUAGAGGCAGGGCCAGUCGAGGGGAGACCAGCACAAACGUGGGGAAAAAAAAGGUGAGUAAAAACACACACACACACACACAUACCAUGACAGACACACACCAUGACACAGACAGACCGUGAAACAGACACACACACACCAUGACACAGACAGAAACACAGACACACCAUGACAGACAUACACACCAUGACACAGACAGACACACACAUACCAUGACAGACACACACCUUAAAAUAGACACACACACACCUUGAUACACACACACCAUAACACACAGACCGUGACACAAACACACAAACACUGUGGCACAGACACACACACCAUGACACACAGACACACACACACCACGACACAGAGAGACCGUGACACAGACACACACACACCAUGACACAGACAGACACACACCGUGACACAGACAGACACACAUUACAUGACACAGACAGACACACACACCAUGACAAACACACACACCAUGACACAGACAGACCGUGACACAGACAGACACACAUUACAUGACAGACACACACACACACACACAAUGACACAGACACACAUUGCAUGACACAGACAGACACAUACACCAUGACAGACAGAGACACACACCCACACACCAUGACACAGACAGACACACACAAUGACACAGACACACAUUGCAUGACACAGUCAGACACACACACACACCAUGGCAGACAGAGACACACACACACACACACACACCAUGACACACACACACACACACACCAUGACACACACACACACACACACCAUGACACAGACAGACACACCAUGACAGACAGAGACACACACACAAUGGCACAGACAGAAACACACAAUGACACAGACAGACACACACAUACCAUGACACAGACAAACACACACACACCAUGACACAGACAGACACACACACCAUGAUACAGACAAACAGACACACCAUGACAGACAGAGACACACACACAAUGACACAGAAACACACACAAUGACACAGACACACACACAACAUGACACAGACACACACACACCAUGACAGACAGAGACACACACACAAUGACACAGACACACACACAUACACUCACACUGACACUCAUAAUUUCUACCUGUGUGCUGGUGGCUGCAUGGGGAGCUCAGUCUGAUGGCGGCUGCAUGGGGGAGCAGGCUCUUCUGGCGGCCGCAGAGGGAGCUCUUUAUGCGGCAGCAGGGGGAGCUGGCUGUUCUCUCUCUGCUCCCCCGCCCCAGCACACAGCUUAAUGAGACCGGGGCCGGAAUAUGACGUCAUGUUCCGGCCCCGGUCUCUUUCUAGUGCGCGAGGGCCAGGGAGCAGAGACAGAACAGCCAGCUCCCCCUGCGGCCGCCAAAAGAGCUCCCUCUGCGGCUGCCAGAAGAGCCAGCUGCCUGCCCGGCCCCAGGUGCCGACGGCCCACCGGGAUACCGGGAAAUUUCCUGGUGGGCCGUCGGCACCUGGAGCCGGGCAGACACCUGGGUCUGCUGGCGGCCGCUUGGGAGGUCUUCUGGGGGCUUCUGACGGCUGCUGGGGGACUUGUCCUGUCGGCCGCUGGGGGAGCUGCACUGGCUCUGCUCCCCAGCACGCAGCUGAAUAAGACCGGUGCUGGAAUAUGACGUCAUAGUCCGGCGCCGGUCUCAUUCAGCAGCGCGCAAUGGCGGGAGAGCAGAGCCAGCGCAGCUCCCCCAGCGGCCGCCAGGACAAGUCCCUGAAAAAUGCCACUCCAAUCAGCAUCUCCUCAUAGAGAUGCAUUGAAUCAAUGUAUCUCUAUGGGGAACGUUCAGCGUGGAGGCCCUGAAUGUAGGUGCACUAACACAGGAAGCACCUCUAGUGACCGUCUGAGUGACUGUCACUAGCAGUGUCACUUUGAAGCAAUGUAAACACUGCCUUUUCUCUGAAAAGUCAGUGUUUACGUUGAAAAGCCUGAAGGGACAUGCUAUAGACACCAGUACCACCACAUUAAGCUGUGUGUGUGUGUCUGCUAGUGAGUAAGCUUGCUUGCAUGCGUGUGCCUGCUAGUGAGUGAGCUUGUGUUUUUAUGUCAAUGAGCUGAUGUAUAUCAGUAAGAUUGUUUGUCUAUGAGGCUGUGUAUCAAUCAGCUUGUGUGUGUCAUUGAGAUGUCAGUGAAAUUGCCUGUGUCUGCUUACUGUAUAAUUAAACGUUUUACCCUGAAAGGACCAAUAUUUUAUAUUAGAAAAAGCAAUAUAUAUAUAUAUAUAUAGUAAGCUCCUGCACUCCAACCUAACAAUAAUCAAAAAAUGACCCGGUGCUCUGGUAGCUCAAUAGUAUAAAAUAACAAAAAGUACCGGAUAUAUAUAUAUUACUCAAUCAUCUGUCCUGGCAAGACAUAGCCUUACAUAUUACAAGCGACUAUAUAUGGCGCAGUGACUUAUGGGUCUGGCACAAAUUUUUUUUCCAGGGCUGCUUUGUAUCCCCAUUCCGGCCCUGUCCGGCGGGAUCCAUGAUUUACAUCAGCUCGCAAUGCCUGGCCUCCUCCCAGACAUCCAUUGCGGCGGUAGCGCGAGGGCGCAUUAUUAGCUUGCUCCCGCCCCUUACCCUGAAAGUGAGGAGAAAUGGUUGGGAGCAAAGCAGUGGGGAUAAGACAAGGAGAAUGAUUCCCUGCCAGGCAACUAGGCGCACUGAAGAUGCCAGAAGCACAUGAACAGCACUGAUAUUUGAAAUUAAGGUAAGAGGGUUAAUGUAAGGGUCAGUGUGUUUGUAUGGGUCAUUGUGUGUCUGUCUGGGUCAGAGUGGGUCAUUGUGUGUGUGUGUGUGUGUGUGUGUGUCUGUAUGAAUCUGUCUGUGUCUGUAGGGUUCAGUGUGUGUUGGUAUGGAUCUGUCUGUGUCUGUAUGGGGUCAGUGUGUCUGCAUGGGUCAGUUUGUGUGCUUGUAUUUGUGUGUCUGCAUGGGUCAGUGUGUCGGUAUGGGGGGUCAGUAUGUGCGUGAGUCACUCUGCAUGGGUUAGUGCGUGUGUCAGUCUGCAUGGGUGUGUCAGAGUUAGUCUGCUUGGGUCUGCGUGUAUCAGACUGUAUGAGUGGGUUGAGCGAAUGGGCGGGAAAAAAUCCUUGCACCGUCCCUGCCCAUAUUCUCUCAGCAAAGGCCUGCUGGGGGAGUAUUAGAGUGACAAGGAACAAGAGGACUGUCUGUCACUCAAUCUGUGGCUUUAUAUCCUGUGUUCCACUGGCACACAUGUCUAAUACUGAGGAAUUAAUUGACAGCUAGGGGAGGGACACUCACUCACACUGACCCAUAUACGCACUCAUUGGCACACUCGCACUGUUUAACCAACACAAACUUUCAUUGACAAACACACACUGACAUACCAACUCGCUGACAGACACACACUCUCAGAUACACGUACACUGACACUCACUGACAUGCACACACCCUCACAUAUUUGACACACUCUGACUGACACACACAUUCAUUAACAGACACACGCACUCAUUGACAGACACACACUCUCACUGAUUUGACACACACUGACAGACACACACACAUUCACUGACAUACACUCAUUGACAGACACACUGACAUGCACACACAUCACUGACAGACACACACACUCACUGAUAGACACACAUACAUUCUCUCACACACCUAGAUGUUAUAUAUAUUUUUCAAUUUAAGUUCACCCAGCCUCCUUACCUUUGGGAAAGCUGGAAUGAAUUAUUUCCCAGGGGUCCAGUGUGGAUCCUGUCCAGACACACAGUCACACUUGUGACCCCAGCAAUCCCUGUCCACUGCCUUUUAGUACAUAGGUAGUGCUUUGGCACAGAGUGCCUACUGAUUGCUAUCCACGAAAUAAGCUAAGCCCUGUACCAUUCUAAAACUGUUUAGCUCCUUACAAUGGGAGAAAGUGCGUCAGAGUACUCCUGGCACUAUAACCACUACAGUGCACUGGAGUGUUCCUUUAAACUAGUUGGCACUAUUGGGAAUCCUUGAUUUUAAUAGUUUUUACAAUUUGUCUAUUUUUGCUUAGCAUUUGAAAUUAAUUUUGAAUUCCUGACUGUUCACAUUUUAGUGAAUAACCUUGUAAAUGUACUUUUGUUUUUUCAUGACAGAUCUUUUUAACUCUAUAUAUGUGACUCUGAAUAUUCUAAGCAAUAUUUCAUUUGGAAGCCAGGGUUGCUAAAUUAUAGGAACACCCAAAACAACUUUAGCAUAAUGAAGAGGUUUUGGUUCAACGUUCAUGCCCCUCCUGUCUCAAUGCUCAAUUCUCUGCCAUUUGAGUUAAAUUACCAUACUUUGUUUAUGCAGCCCUAUUCACACCUCCCCUGACUGUAACUCACAUAAUGUCCUGACAUACUUCUUGAAAAAUAACCCAUUUUUUUUUUUGCUUCCCCUAUUGCACAGUAUGUUUAGUUUAGAACAUGGAACUUUUAACACUCCGGAUGUUGUGAUCACUACAUCUCCCAAGGUGCAUUGAGAGCAUUAUAGCUGUAAGAAAAUUAUGGGAGAUGUAAUCCUCAUCAUUAGCCUUCAUAAGCUUCAUGUGUGUCAUUAAAGUUCAAUUAACAGAUCAGGAGAUGAGAACUUCUAAAGUAAACACACUGUGUUACAACAAACGGUUUGGCUGAAUCAGAUUACAUUAAACCCAUGUCCGAACAAAUCAAUUUGUCAGAGAUUUACCUGUGAAGUCUUGUUUAAUGAAUAAGGCUCCACAGGUAGAUCUGUUCAUGUAUGGAUUAGAAUGAAUUUGAUUUGGAUGAAUUGAACCAAACCAUUUUUUUGCACAAGUCUGUGUUAUGUGGUCUGAUAAGAAAAUUAAACUUUUUUUUUUUCAUGGAGGCUGUGUGAGCCUUAGCCAGCAGAGGUGCCACUAGGGUAGCCUAAACAAAGUGAGUUAAUUGCUAAAUGGCAGAAAGUUGAGCAGUGAGACAGCAGGGGCAUGAUCUAAACACCAAACCUGCUUUAUUAAGUUACAUAUUUUUGUUGAUUGGAGAUUCUUGCAUUUUGUCUGGUAGAAUUCCAUUAUAAGAACUUACAUUCUUUGGUUUUCCAGUCAGCUAUCCUGAACGUGUCACAGGAGUUUUAAAUGAAAAUGUAAUUCUUCCCUGCAUUGUCACAUAUACUGAGCCAUUUUCAAAAGAACGCAUAUCUAUCUUAUGGCACCGUGGAACAAUUAACGCCCAUAAGUUUUACUACGGAAAAAAUCAAGAGAAGCACCCAUCAUAUGAAGGAAGGACAGACCUGUUCCAUAAAGAAAUUCCCAAUGGAAAUGUGUCCCUUUUAUUAAAAAAUGUGCACGCAUCAGAUGCUGGGAAAUAUACAUGCACUGUAUUCUUGCGCAAUUUUGAUGGAAGGAAGACUUGCUCUAUAGACCUCCUUGUCCAGGAAAUUCAUAGACCUGACUCCAGAUCAGGUAAGAUAUGUCUUAAAAGCUGAUAUCUGACAUUUUCGUAUUUGUUUUUAUUUUUAUUACCAAAAAGACUUGUGCACGCAGCGAAAUUUUGAUGCUGCAGAAUAAUUUUUCCACAAUUCAGUCAGAUGUCGGUUCACAAACCGGAACCAAAGAGAAAACCUGAAAGGUGCGAAACUGGGUCUAUAAGUGUGCUGCAAAAUACAUAAAUCAUAUAACAUUAUAUUUCUCAGUAAUUUGGUAGGAGCAUUUUUCCACUGUUUGGUUGACCAAUUAACCGAAAAAGAGUAACCAAUAUAGGGAAAACAUAAGCAGUAAAACAAUUCAACAUUGAUAUAUUGUACUUUUAUUAAAUAUAUGAUAUAUAAAUAUAGAAUUUUUACUGUUCGUUCAGUUUUUCCACUAUUGCUCAUUUCUCGCUUGAUCUGUGAAUAAAAUCAUCACUUAGUGACUGUCCGCAAGCCAUCAAUUAUCUUUAUUUCCCAAUAACCAGUUUCUUUUUUUUUAGAAUAUUGACUCUCCCCACCCCCACAUAUUUUGGCAUUGAGUGUUUCUUUCAGUCCGUAAUUUAAUAUUUGUGAUCGGUAUUCAGGAAUUCUGCCGAACACCCAAUCAGCCUGAAUUUCUGCAAGUUGCAGUUCGGUCUGUAAUGAAUCUCUGAGUCUAUUACUAAGAAUAAUGCAGUUAUUAGAACGUAUUUUUAACGCCAAUGCUAAGUUCACAUAAAGAUUGAUGAUAUGAAGAAUAAAUAACUGUUCAGGCACUCUGGGAUAACGGAAAUAGUAGCUUUAUUGGGGCAAAAACCGCAACGUUUUGACCUCAUCGGGACUUUAUCAAGCUUUGCCAAUUGGUCUUUCAAAAACUCAACACUCUUUCUGCUUUCUAAUAUGGUUCUCAGACACAUUUCUCCAGACCAGAGGUAUCCAAUCUAGCUCAACUAACAGUCCAUGAUUUAGACAUUUCCCAUUUCUCUUUAAUGGGAUACUGCCAAAAUCUGGACAAACUAUAUCCAGUUAUUAAUUUAAGAGUGAAUGGAUGAUAAUAGGAACUAUAAGGAAAAUGCUAAACAAUAUAUUUGCAUUUUAUUUCAGACGAUGUACAAAUGAAUGAAAGCUCAGGAAUUGGCAUGUCUCUUUAUGUCUUCAUAAUAUGCAUCAUUGUGGGAGUGGUGGUGAUUUUACGGAGAAGAAAGAGGAGCAGAGGGGCAACAGGUAGGUAGGACAUUACCUGAAAUGUAACAAAGUGCUAAAUUAUAAAUGCACUCCAUGGGUAUUUGUUUAACCUCCAUGAUUAAAAGGGGAUUCUGUUUUUUUUUUUUCAAAUUCAAAUUUAUAUUGUAUUCUUUGUCCACUGCAUAUUGGCUUGGGGAGGGGAGUGCUAUAGCUAUGGUAGUGUUCUGCUUUUUUUUGUGAGGAGUCCCAGGAAUGUCUAUAAUGUUAUAUUAUUCCUCAUCACCUAAAGGGACAUCUCAGGAACCACAACCAUGUCAAUGAAAUAAAGUGGCUAUGGAUCCUGAAGUCCCCUGGCGUCCAUCACUUGGUUCAUUGUUAAACCAUUUUUGAUUGUUUUAGGCAUGCCAACUCAUAUUAGCUGUGAAAGGCUGAGAGCACUCAACUGAUAUUUUCAGCCGAUCAGACACCCAUCACUGCUCAAGCAGCAGAGAGGAGAUAGACUGCAGGCAUCUAGUGGGAUGGUGCCCAAAGUGUCCUUUAAAGAAAGAAGAGAGAGCUGAUCUCCAAUCCUUCCUGCAUCAGACAGUGUUAUAAUAUGUGAACUAUAUCAUAUUGGUUUUUCACUGUUUUGCUUUUGUGUUUAGAUUAGUUUAAGACUGAGCAUGUUCCACUUGAUGUUUUUAAAAAUAUGCCAGCAUUAAAAAUGUUGCUCCUCUUCUCUCUGUAAUAGGAGUCCAAAGGAAUAACCAAUCACCACAGUCUAAAAAAGAUUUAUAAAUCCGAUCCAUCCAACAAAUCCCUAAAUCUGCAGGAGUAAUGCAAACAGAAAAUGUUCUUAAUACUGAUUGGGAUUUGUAAAGAAUCUUCUUGGACGCCAACAAAAUGUAUAUCCCAAAGUGGUCUUUGACGUAAAAAGAUAUUUUGUAUGCAAUUUUUCUAUUCAUCAGAAUUCUUCAAGAUAGAUGCUAAUUCCGGGCAUCAAAGUCUUUUCUUCUCUGGCUUAUUCAAGAGACCGGGAAUGCUAAUUUGUUCUGGCCUUGUUGGAUAGGAGUUGUUUUUGACAUCAUUGAUACACAUGUAUUAAUUAGCUUACCUGAGAACCACACGGUGCUAGGAACUUUGAUGCACAGUUGAUCUCAUCCAGGCCUCUAGCGCACUGAUAACCUAUAGGAACUCAGCAUCCUUCCUAUAUUUUCAGAGGCAACACACUUACUGUGAAGGGAGGAAUACUAACAGGAACAUACAUACAGAGAACUCAUAAAGAGUCAUGGGAAUUUUAAAAUUGGAAAUAUAGUCUUCGACCUUUAUUCUUAUGCAGCUUUGAAAUAGUAUAUAACACUAUGGUUCUCUCUACACAUAGGACAGAUAUCAUUUUUACAGUGUGACAGACUUGACCCAUGAUCUCAUUCUUUCUUUUGGACAUUAUAUGGCAGGUUGUAGCAGGUUGUUUGCCAUGGGAAAAUGCCCACCAGGUUGGGGCAUCCAAAUUUAUGUUUCAGCCAAUAUUGUUUAUUGUCUGUCAGUCGCUUGGGAGACCUCAUCAGAGACACUCAAAUUUCCCUUAGCAUCUGAUCUGACCAUGACUACAGAUGAAACAUCAGUCAGAAAUUACAAUAUGGAGAGGAUUGAACUAUCACACACACAACCUGGACAAGACAGAGAUCAUGAAAACUUCUCUCUUAUUAACAGGUUGAACAUGCCUGUACAGACAUCUCAGUCAGGUUACAACUUCAUCAGGGCCAAAGCGUAGGAGUAUCACCCAUUGGAACUGGAUUCAUUUUUACUACCUCUGGACUAUGCAGAAGUCCUAUUUAGAGAGGUCUCCUUUGUAUUUGUAAAUAAAGUUCCGUUAUCUCAACACACGGAGACAUAAAUGCUUUGAUAAGUUAGCUGCUUAAUACAUGUUUUGCCUCUGCUCCAUAAUAAGUAGCUUAACGUUAAGACUUUUGAGUUAACAGAGGUUUGAAGUGGUCAUAGUGCAAGUACCCUGUAUGUGCAAUGUUUCAGUAAGAAAUGUUCCACCUACUUAGAUAUUUUAUAUUUCACAAUGUAAACGUUUACCCACCUACGGGAGAACCGUGCCAGUGCACUCCUAACAUAAUACCCACUAUAGCGAAUUUAGUGGUUAUGAUGUGUCCAGUAACCCUUUAAGUACCAACUUGCUGGUCACCUAGAGCCCAAAUCCCCCCGUUCCAAAUCUUGGUGGCUGGGUUUUCUCAUGUACUGAAAAAGUCUUGAUUUCAACAUUAACUUUCUCCUUCGAAAUGAAAUGCAAGACACAUGAAAUAUUCUCACCUUUGUUCUUAUACUGCUGUUAUUGUUUUAGCUAUGUUCUAAACCAAUCCCAAUGUCUCUAAUUGUUUUAUAAGGUGCACAGGAACUUUGGUGGGAUUGAAGGUACACAUAAAAAAUGAUUAAUUGGAAUGUUAUAAAUGUGAUGCUCAAAUAGCAUCUUUAAUUAAACUUAUUGUCCUACUGUAUGUUAUACAUAUCUUCAAAUAUCUCUUUUCUUCCUUGGUUUCAAAGUUGAUUUAUUAUUGUAUGUCUCAAGUGAAU